AUGGCUGAAGUGUGUAGGAUGGAGCAACGACCAGCGUUGUUGACAGUGGUUGACAAGAGCGUGAUGUGUACGGACGGCUUGCUCACGGAAUCGCCCAAAAUCACGAAUAUCCACGAACUGGUGGUCGACGAUGAACCAAACGAAUUUGCGCAUGAAACCGCCGAACAGAUACUGAACGGGACGUUCAAAGACGUGGAUCCGAAAGAGUACGCCAACUUCUUGGGGUCACCAAAAAACAGCGAGGUUCUCACUGAGUUUCUGGAUCUUUUACGUCCAUACCCGGCUACGUUGCUCGAUACGCUCAAAAAGCUGUCGAGCAGCAUAUACUUCAUCGCAGAAGCUGCGAACAUCGACAUGAUUCUAGAGUCUCUGGCCAAGGAAUGGCUUCGGGAGGGCCACAUGCCGCACUACAACGACGAUUUCCGGCUCGCUCACAUUAUGCUGUUCUCGCUGCUCAUGUUGAACUCAAAUUUGCACAAUCCCGCGUCGGAACACAAAUUCAGUCUGGAUCAAUUUUUGGAAAACUCGCUCCAUGCGCUCCGUCGCGAGGCUCCCAACCUCAACGUCGCGCAUUUCAAGCGCGAGCUGACGUCGGGUUACAUAAUUUUGAGCCGGGACCCUCUUCCGCUCUGCGCGGGCCCAAAAAAGAAAAGCCGUGGCUUGUCGAGGCGCACAGGUGCUAGCGGCAGCGGUAUGCGCAAGAUCUCGAUGCUGUCGAUGCGGAGCGACCGGUUACAAAGAACUCCAUCGCACCAAAGUUUGACACCGUCUCUCAACAGCAUGCCGCCUUUGGCCCCCAAAACAACUACAAAUACGAUACUCACAACCGGCGGCGGACGUUUGCGGUCUCGAAACGUGCUAGAGAAGCUGUAUGCCGAAGAAAAAUGUGACUGGAAGUUGCAGGACGUGAAUGGCAGCCCUUGGCUUAUGGAUUGCGUCUUGAAAGUCACCGAGGCCGCCAAAACUGCGACUUCUACACCACAGCUUUUUUCUGCACAGGCGCCUAAACGCAAGAUGUUUUCCUGGUUUAGAAAACACGCAAAGGGCACGUUAUUCGAUGAACACGCCCACUUGGCGCACGUCGAACAUUGGACUUACGCAAGAGUACGAGCUGGCCACGGUCGUCUUCUCGUCUACUACUUCAGGGGCUCUACUCUCCAGGAUUAUACCGUGGACCAAAUACUCAAAUGGGACCUGAUGACGUGCCGGAAGAAAUGCUCGCACGCAAGAUUUUACACACUGUACGGAGCACUCGCGUCCCGCAUUCAAGACAACAUUGUAGCGAGUAAGCAUUCGGCCUUGGGGCGGUCGAGUUUCAUGGUCUCGUUCCCAAGCGGAAUAUCUGCGCUUGACGGAAUCACACUACAGUUUAGCACUGAUAACGCAGACAUAGCGGCCAAGUACAAAGACACCAUUAACUUUUGGGGUGGCAGAAUAACGCCGAUUCCAUCUGCGCAAAUGGAGAUGGUCUCAAACGAAGAGUAUGGCUGGAGUGACCGAAUUCUAUCUGGGAAAAUUCAGCCACAGCAUGCGAAAGUUUUCAAAUGGAAACCCCUAAUGGGGCUAGACGCCGUACUAGUCGAAGCAGAUGAACAAGUUGCGUUCUGGGAACUUGAUUCUCAACUUUACAAUAUGAGAUCCUUCGUUUCGACUCUCGAGAGAUCUCUAGACACGCAUAACUCUUUGAAAGCACAAAUGGUGCAAAAAUGGCAAAAUGUCGAAGAGCGAGAACCAGAAGCUACAGAAUCGGCAUUCGAUGUUGUUAUGGACAAUUGGAACAACAAAUACCUGUAUCUCAACAAGCAAUAUGAAAAGCAUACAAUAUACCUUGACGCUCUCGAAAAAGCCUGCGAUUUUUAUCAAAAGUCGGAAUAA